UCGCCUCCAGUAUGUCAGACAAUUACGGGGACAUUCUGCACCUGUGGCUGCUGUCUGUAUCAACGAACUCACGGGAGACAUUGCUAGCUGUGCUGGCACUUACCUCUACAUCUGGUCCAUCAACGGGGAGGAGAUUGCCUGUGUCAACACAGCUACUCUCCGCAGCCAACAGAUCCUAUGCCUGGCCAUGUCACAGAUUAUUGAGUGGGACAGUCGGAAUGUAAUUAUGACAGGAAGCAGUGAUGGAGUUGUGAGGAUGUGGUCUAUUGAGUAUGUACAAGUGCCAAUUGAGAAUAAAAGCAACAAAAAUGAUGACAGAUGUGAUACUACACCUGUAGUAGAACAGGUGGAAGCAAUGGGCAGUGAAGGGGUCGACAUUCCAAAAACUUCAAGAAAAGAAUCUUGUGCCAGUUACUGUGAUGCAAGGGCUGUAGUUGACAGACUUAGAGACUUCAAAGACCCUGAUCUGACAGCUCGUGAAAUAGAAAUGGGGUCAUCGGCUGAAAGCGAAAGUCACAUUCCCUCACAUUUGCGAGACUCAAGAUGUGAUUUAGAGCGUGAUGGCAGUGUUAUAAGUACAACAAGUAGCAUCAGUGAUAUGUGUCGCGCAGACGAUAUAGGGAGUACGGAUGGAGCAGAGGUGGACCCUGCUCAGGAUGCUCUGGACAUUAUGUACACAUCCAAUAUCAGUGAUACUCAGAUACCUUGUCAGUCUGAACCCUGUCUUUCCGCACUCACAGUUGAUGGUAUCAAUUACAGCCAGAGUCAUCCUGACCUAAAAAUGGGAGACGAGAAGGAGGAGUCGAAUCUGUCAAAGUCUGCUUCAUCAGAAUUUGAGGUCAUAACAGACAGUGAAGUUAAAAACUCGCCUAAAACUAUGGAAGAUCUGCUGAAAAGAAAACCUCGGAAACGCAAUGCACUACGUGAAGGUUUCAGAUGGCAAAGGCAGCUUGUUUUUCGUAGUAAACUUACAAUGCAUACAGCGUAUGAACGGAAGGACAAUAAGGAUCCUGCCGCAGUUACAGCUAUUGCAGUAUCGAAGUAA